AUGUCUUUCAGGGCAGUUAUCACGUCGAGCGAGCACCAGGCCGUCUGGUCGCGGCUCAUUCUGACGCUCUCGACCAUUAACCAGGAUAUCAAGUUUACGAUUAUGUCCAAUGAGCUGAUUCUAUGGUCCAUGAAUUCCACAGACACUACGAUGUACCAGGUACGACUUAAAGCUAGCUUCUUCAGCGAAUUUAGCUUUGAUCCAGGGAACAUCGUUUUUGGAGAGGAGGGCCUACAGGUGAUCGAAGAUCUCCAGAAACAACAGCACACACUGUACUCUUUCGUAAUUAACGGCCGUCACCUUUCCAUCCUGUCGCGGAAGCCGGAGUACGACAACAUUAAAGAGUUUUCUCUCUCCAUUGACAACAGCACGGCCGCUCCCGAAGCGAUCAUCAAUCGUUUGCAUAUUAGGGUUUACACCGAGUCCCUGAUCACCAAGGAAUUUAGUCCGGCCUUCAAUCCAGUAAAGUACGACCCAAUAGUGAUAGAUCUGAAGUAUAAAAAGAAGUUUUUGGAUGUGUAUGGGACUGAGGAAUCUGUUAAUGGCGAACAGGCGGAUCCACGGCUUCUCGACUUCUUCAGACAGGUGAGGAAGCAGCUGGAAGAGGCCAAGUUCAACGAGGGUAUUAUAGACGCGCCAAGGCCUGCAGAACUACGUUCUGAGCAUGAGAUAAACUUCUUAAGUAUGGACUCGUUGAUAUGGCGUAAUGCAAUUGACCUCUGUACAAAUAAUACCGAAGAAUUAAAGCUGGACUUGACCAUGAACAAGAUGGUGAUCACUGCAUUUACUAAGGGCGUUCAGAAUAUGAAAAGUAGUGACGUGCUGAAGCAGGCUAUAAGCAUAAGUAACUCAGUCAGUACUGAAGAUGUGGAACACUACUGUCUGUUUACAACCUCUGGAAACCCGGGGAUGAGCAAGAAGGACGCAGACUCCAAACAGGCUGUUUUCAAACUGCGUGACUUCCGGAACUUCUUCAGUGCCAACCAGGCUUGGAAGGAAAAUGCAACCGUCAACUGUUGGUUUUGCUCACCUGGUGAUCCGAUCCUUUUUGAAAUUGACAGGGGACAUGUCAAGUUGUCACUGGUGCAAAUUACCGACACAGCAGGGAAGGCAGUAGGAGCAGCGCCUGAUCUGGCGAUCCAUCCAGUACUCGUGUCACCUAGGAAACCUGUCAGCCCGCUCAGAGCUGCAUGUACUAAUACUAACGCGGCUUCCAACGCCCUGCAUGGAGUACAACUUGACGCUGCCAAUAUGGACGCUAUCAAGACGCUAUUCGUGCAGGAUGUUGAGAUUGGUGUUAGUGCAGCUGCUAUGGCACAUUCGCCCGCUAACCGGUGUACGGAUGAGAAUCUGCGAUCGAUGUGCAGCAUAUCCCAGCAAGGACAGCAUUCAUGCGACGGGUCCCCCGCCACCAACCUGCGGCGCGUAUCCAGGGCAGGCACUACUAUCGCAUGGGGGGCAGGGAAAGACCACGUCAUGUGCCCAGAUAGCGACUACGGGGUAGCACAGGACGUAAAUCAGCUGAAACGGCGCAAAGUCGGCGAGCUUGCGCACGCCAGCCAAAGCCCAGAGAGCCAAGACUACGGCCUUGGCCCCACGCAGCAGUAUCAGCCCAAAGGCAUCUUCGACUAG